CCAUGGCGCUGCGGCCCGCGGAGGGAGCGGAACGGGCCGGGGGCGAAGCCCGGAGCGUGGCCGGGGUGGCCCCGAAGCACGAUGGGCUGGAAAAUAUACAGCAAAAGAAAAUCUUUAAAGAGAACGAGGAAGAAACACAACAGAGAGAAGAGCCAUGUGCUGCUGAUUCAGUAGACUCUCUAAUGGCAGAAAUGCCAUUUGUGGACACAGAUAUUGAAGAUGAAUGUGCUAUGUGUGCAACUUCUGAACUAAGUAUUAAGAAGAAAAGAAAGCGGACUGCUGGAAGGGAAAUUGAAGAAGACAUUCAGAGAAAGAAGAAAAAGAAUAAACAAUAUCAGCCAAAUUAUUUCAUUUCUCUUCCAAUUACUAAUCCAAAGAUUACUGGAAGUAUUCAGACUGUCCAAGACGCAAUAAUACAAAAGGAUCAAAGGCUUUCCAAAGCAAUGGUUCGCUCUGGCUCAUUGCAUGUCACCAUGCUAGUGAUGCAUUUAUCCAGUGAAGAAGAAAUUAGCAUAGCAGUUGGUGCUCUUUCAGACAGCAAGGUUUUUGUAGACAAUCUCCUGAAAGGAAAAAGAGUGGAUUUGUCUUUUCAAGGAAUUGAUCACUUCAGAAAUCAAGUUGGAUUUGUGAAUUUGGCAGAAAAUGAUCAUACAACACUGCUUAAGGAAAUAGCAGAGACCAUGAAAAAGAUAUUUCAAGAAAAGGGGAUCAUGGCAGGUGAAGACAGAGCUUUUAAACCACAUCUGACCUUCAUGAAAUUGUCAAAAUCAACAGAGCUACGUAAGGAGGUGAAAAAAAUUGACUCUAGUCUGUAUGAAGAUUUCAAAAACCAUUAUUUUGGAGAUGAAGUCUUGCAUCGCUUUGAUCUUUGCUCCAUGUUCAAAAAAAAGCAACCAAAUGGUUACUACUACUGUGAGUCCUCUAUUGUUUUUGAAACAGCAGGAACUACCUGAAUAUUGAAUGAAAUGACUGCUUAGGAGGUCUCAGAGGCUUAGGCUUGUAAACUGAGCCUUGGGAAGACCCUGAAGUGUGAGGUGUACCCUGCCCUGGUUUUUCACAGUGUCAAUUUUAUGGGACUUAUUGACAGGUCUCGUAUGUCGAAGGGAACAAAUUUUUGUACUGGCAAGCCAGUAUUAAAGUCCCUCUCUUACACAUCCUCUCAGUGAGGCCAAAUCACUUCAGGAUUAGAUGGGAUACCUUGGGACAUAGACACCGUAGGUGGUCACAUCCACUCUGCAAAGAAGGGUGCCAUGAUAUGUUUGUGGUUUGCACCCACAGGUGCUGUAUGGCUUGUUCUAAAUGUGGCUCUGAAUGCAUUCCUGAGGGUAACAGCUUGUACAGUUUGCAGAUUUGGUCUUGAGCCUUGCCCUCAGGUUGCAUUUAAAAUAGAAGGCAGGCUCAUUGGUGGCUGGCAUCCCAGCCUUUCCUGAAAGGUACAGCGCAUUCUGGAAAUGGAACUCACAGGAGUAGUGGUUUGUGGUGAGUAGGAGCAAGAUUCUCUCUCUAGAAGGCAGUGUUGUAAAACACAUAUUAAUGGUGAGAGUUCCCUGGAGGAUUUUAAUGGGGUUUUAAAAAACAUAGCUAAAAUAUGCACUCCUGUUUUAUAAUGCAAAUGCCAACUCAUUAUCGUCUUUUUUUCUUCAUCUUUUUUUUUGUUUUGUUUUGUUUCUUUUUGGGUUUUUUUUGUAUAAUGUAUGUUUCUAGGAAUAUUCUUAAGCUGUUGAAAGAAAAUAAAAUACAUUAAACUUAAUUUAGGCUCUUAAUUUAAGCUUUUUCUCCAGAAAAAAUAAAUUGGAAGUGUUUUCAGAAAGAUAUAAUUGAAAAAUAGUUUGAAUUAUACAAUGCAUUGCAAACCAAGUAUCAGAAAGAAAUAGGAGCAUAGUCUGCAUUGUCAAACACAGUAGGAAAAUGUUUGCAUAUUGGCAAGUCCAACAGAACAUUUAUUUAUCCCUUUUUUAUCUUCUAAAUGGGGAUUGUGAUUCUGAUUUGGUAGGUGCUUGCAAAACAAAACUUACAGUGAUAUACUGUCUUCUGCACUCUAUAUAUGUGUAUGUGUGUUUUUAUACACAGGCUUGUGAACAGCUUAGGUUCUGAGAGCAGAAAUACUUUUACAUUGAAAUGCAGAUCAGCUUUUCCUCCUCACCCACUUUUUACAUAAUUUGCACCACAAGCAUCAUCUAAAAAAAGCUAGGUUCCUUCUGAUCAGCUGAACAGUAUUCAGGAGCAUUAAGAAGGCUGAAAUUGCCUCUGCUUAAAAUGAAUGCAUUUUCAUUUCUCUUAGUCUUUAUCUGCUGUGAGGAGAGGGACUUUCCAAGAUUCAAAACCAUAAUUUCUAUUUGGGGAGGCCAAUAGUUCUGUUUGCUGGUUUUGCUUCAACCAAUUUGUUUUGGUUAAUCUGAACAGCCAUCCUUGAUAAAGGAUGGCAGCUUGCCAUUCCUUACCUGGAAAAAUUUUAUCCCUCUGUUUCAAUUCCAAAAUAUCCUUCAGUUUCUCUGCCUCCCAACGAAAUGUAUGCCAAUAUCUUUUGGGGCUUAGUCAUUUUUAAUAAUGCUUUGGCUGUUUAGGCCUCAUGUGGCUAGGGUUAUAAUUCUAUAUCCAGUCAUAUGUGCCUGAAACAGCUGAAAAUUUUGCUCCUCUGCUGUAACUUCUGUCAGAAAUGUACUUUCUAUGUCUCACCAAAAUUUCGAGAGAUAUCCAAACAGAACAAAUAGCAGGCAUUGAGCUAGCAAAGGAAUGAAAAUGUGAUCAGACUCACUUUUGUUAAUGAAUAUAAUAUUUAAAAUAUUUAAGAUGGAUCCUAUCCAGCUCUGGAGGUUUCAAUGGACUUGAUGGUCCCUACCCUCAUCUUGGAAGUUAGAAUGCUUGUAGACUGAUGGAGCCAGUGUAAAAAGGCCGGGGUCCUCCUUGAAUCCUCUGUUUCUUCUUUGUUCCCACAUUUGUGCUUAUGUAUUUUGUUAGUUUUGGCUAAAAGAUGACUUAUUAUGGAUGGAUGAAAGAGGUCUGUCAGUGGUUCUGACUACUCCAGAACUGCUUAAUAGAUUAUUGUCAUCCUGACAUCCAUGGAUUGCCAGGACUGCUUUGAAGAUGAUCAGUAAGAACUGUGGUUAUUGCAUGUUUUAACAGAAGGAUUCUUGGGUUUAAGUACAAGAGGACUUAGUUCUUCUUGAUACUGGUUGGUUAAACGUACUUGUGGAAAGAUGAGAGCACCAGGAGCUCUGUAUUCAUUUAGGUACUACAUAGAUGUGAUCUGUGUACAUAGGAGAUUAUGCUUACAUGAAACUGAAAAAUAUAUGUUAAUGUUUGUUUCAUUGCUUGAAUAUUUUUGAUUGUUUGGGGUUUUUCUCUUUUUAAAGUUUUUUUUGUUGAGAAUAUUUGGGAGGUUUGCCUAAAAUGUUGUCUGUCUUGUUUUGAUCCUGAGCUAUGUGGAAGAUACGGCUCACUCUUAGAAAUGCUUUCUCAGUGUUUAGAUGGCUGUCUUCACUUAUGCCCUGUAGUAUUCAUUUUUAAUUCAUUUAUGUUGUAGAAUAUGGGUCAUGUUCUUUUUUUUGCUCUGGGUUAGGCUGACAACAUCGCCUCAAGUGAGGCAACUACUUAGCUGAAAGGAAUUUCAUUGAAUAUAGAAGUUAAAAAUUGUUACAGUUAUUUUAAAAA